UAGACAUAAAAAUAGUCUUUAAAAUUACAAGUAAUAUCCAAUGUUUAAAAUUUAAAAGUAAUAUCAAUAAACAAUAAAAAUGUCAGAAUCAGAUAGCAAGAAUCGAGAUCGAUCACGCAGUCCUUUAAACAGAGGUGUUAGAAAUUUAGGUAGAGAUACUAACAGCAAUGACACUAAUGCAGUACGUAGGCGUGUAUUUGUUGGGAAUCUUGCUGUUGAUAAGGCUUCUAAAAGGGAAGUUGAAGAAAUAUUUAUAAAAUUUGGUGCAAUUGAAAGUAUUUCUCUGCACAACAAUUAUGGCUUUAUACAGUUUUGUGAUGAAGCAGCUGCAGAUGAAGCCGUUCUAAAUAUGCAUGGGAAAGAAAUGUUUGGAAAAAGAAUUGAUGUAAAUCUUGCUGGAUUGCGUCGUAAAACUCAAGCGAAAGAUAAGUUUGAAGGUCCUCUUAAAAAAGAAGAGGUUGUUCCACCUCAUAUGAUGAAUGCAGGAGCUGGUAUACGUCCUACAAGACCUCGUAGACCACAAUCAAGAUCUCCUGUAAGAAAAUCACCUAACAGAGAUGAUGGGUAUGGUCGAUCUUUGUCACCUAUGUCAAGGUAUGAAGAACUCUAUAGAAGGGAAGAUUCUUAUUCAAGACCAGAGCCUUUCCUAAGAGCACCGUUUGAUCCUUACGAAAGACCCCAUUAUGGAGGGCGUGAUUACCCUAUACCUCAAGAUAGAGAUGUAUAUCGAAGAGAUUACCCUCCACCUUAUGAAAGAGAUUAUCUUUCUCGCGAUGUUUCUUAUCGAAGACCUGAGUUUCGACCUCCUCCACAAAGAGUACGUCCUGCAAUUGACUGUGAAGUCAUUUCUUUAUCUAAAGAAGAAAGUCGAUAUGCUGAAGAAGUUGAAAGCCGUUUAAGAAGCAUAGGACUUGUUUGUAACAUUGGAUAUCCACCUCCUGAUGUUACACCUGCUGAUGCAGUUGAUAGAGUUGCUAGACUUGGAACUCUUUACGCUGUUGUUGUUGCACCUCAAAAUGCUAUUCAUCGUUCCUGUACUCUUAAUAUUCUACAUGGAACUAGACAAGAACACCGAAACAUGCCUCUUGAUGAUUGUCUCUCAUUAGUAGCACGAAAUUUUGAUAUGUACUUAAGUUUUUUACGGGAGCCCUAUCGAGGCCCUCCACCUCCUGCUUAUGGGGCACGUGACGAUCCUCGAGCUUAUGCCCCUCAUUCAGCUUAUGAUCUUCCUGCCCCUCCUCCACAUAAUCAUGUGGGUGUAGGAAUUCCUACAAAGGAAAUGAGUACUCAAGAGAUAGAAGAAAUGAUAGAAAAGCUAAGACGAGAGAAAGAGCAACGUGAAUCUCAGGCGUCUAAAGACACGGAACCUCAACGAAGAGCUGAGUUAGAUGGUCAGUUGCGUAAUUCAAGACAAGAUACAAAUGGUAAACCUGGAUAUAUCAAUGAUAACCAGGGAUAUGCAAACAACCAAGGGUAUGGUCAUUCCUCUAAUGAAUAUUCAAAUUAUCACCAUGCAACUCAAGGAAAUGCUGGAAAUUAUUACUCACAACAAUCAUAUAAUCAAUCUGGUUAUCAAUGAAAUUUCUUCACGUAACUUCUGAAAUAAAUGAGAACUUUUUAUGGUUUCCAGUUUUAGGAUAUUAAAGAAAACAGCCAACUUUCAUUUUCUAAGCUUUUUGUACAAUAAAAAUUGUUUAUCUAAGAAAUUAUAACUUUAAAAUAAAAGUUUAGAACUUGGAAAAAAAUCUUUUUUGAGUUAAGUGGUCUUUUUUAUUUUGAACAAUUUUUUGGUUUUUGAAUUUUACGCGUUUUUAAAAAGUGCUUUUUUUAUGCUUUUUACCAAAAGUUUAUCUUUUUAAAUUUUUUCCAUUAAAAUUUUUGGGCAUGUUAAUGGGCAUGCUUUUUUCUCUACUGUUUUUAUCUAUGCGCUUUUUCUGUUGUUCUAUUUUUUGCGCUUUUUCUGUGUAAUAUGGAUUAUGAUUAGGCAAGUUUUAAUAAACAAAAUGACAAGAAGCCGGGUUUUUUGUUUUUUUAAUUUUUUAUUUCUAGUAAUUUACGAAAACGUCAAAAAAAAAAUUUUUGUUAUCAAUUAAAUUUUCUUAUUAUUUUGGUUUAAGUUUUUGAUCAAGGAUCGGAAUAAUCAUGAUAAAUAAUUUAAUGGUAUUAAGAUAUUUGAAUAUAGUUUUUGUUAUGUCUAGAUUUAGGAAAAAUCAAGAUCAAGUUUUUGAAUUUUACAGUGGAUAAUGAAGGGAGUUAAUUUCCUCACAUAAGAAGAUAUGUUUGACACUGCAACACAAAGUCAUGAAUGACACUUUACAAAAAGUGUCGCCAAUGCUAUUAUGUUUUAAAAAAUGCUUUUGGAGCUGAAAUAAAUCCUGGUAAAAAAUGUGACCAAUCUCAAUUGAACAAAAACUACUUGUUAAGAAAUGCUUUUGGAGCUGAAAUAAAUCCUGGUAAAAAAUGUGACCAAUCUCAAUUGAACAAAAACUACUUGUUAAGGUAAUAUAAAACUCGUAUUGAAAAGAAAUACUGUAUCAAUCAAGAAGUGUUUAAAGAAGUAGUUAUAACAACAAUUUAAAAGCUUUCAAUUUGCGAGGACAGACGAUACAUGAUUAAAAAUUGUUUGAUAAGUUGUCCAAUAACAAUGUAAUUUUAAUGGUUAUUUUAUUUGAAAUAAGCAAAUGAAAUUA